AUGAACAAAGUAAAUCGAGUCUCGAUUAUUUGUGCUUUCUUAGCACUUUUUUGCUUCGUAAAUGUGUUGUCCUUGAGGGGAAAGAGCGGAUCGACUGCCUCGUCUUCCCUUGAAGCAGGAAGCGAAUUUGCCGAGCGCAUAGGGAACAGCUUAUCAUCAUUCCUUUCCGAAUCGGCAUCCUUGGAAGUAGUUGGAAAUGAACUGGCCGACAACAUCGCCAACGAAAUUGUUAGCUCCCUGCAAAAGGAUUCAGCAUCAUUUUUACAAAGUGGGUUUGACGUAAAAAGCCAAUUAAAAGCCACUGCCAAGAAGGUCUUAGUGGAAGCGUUAAAAGCAGCUUUAGAGCCAACGGAAAGAAUUGUUGCCAACACGAUUAAGCCACCACGUGUUAAGGAAGAAGCCUACUUUUUAUUGGGCCCGGUCGUCAAGACUCUCUUUAACAAAAUUGAGGACGUUUUACAUAAGCCAGUACCUGAUAACAUUUGGGAUUACGAAUCAGCGGGUUCCUCCGAAGAGGAUGAAGCUGAAGAUGAUUUAUCUGAAGAAUUCCUAGAUUAA